AUGACGACGCACGUGGUAGCCGAUAUCCACAUCUCGACAUCCGCCUCCUCGGCACCUCUUCCCACAUCCCCACUUCCACUCGACAAUGCUACGCACUUGACGCCUUCCACUCAACUCCGCGUCCCCCUGCACGCAGACGGACAUGCUUUCAACAAUCUCGCAGACUCGAUCGACUCGACACGCGCACACCUCAACGCAAUCCUCACUACCUGGAAGGACUGGGCCGGAAAGGAAGUCUCCCCCGCAGGCGCAUCCCAACCUACCGACGACCAAGAAGAAGAUGAAGACGAAGAAGACGAGGAGUGA